AUGUUGAUAUGGAAGCGUUGUCAUGGUGACAGGUUGGGUUUUCAUCAGUGUUUGAUCUGCAGGAAUGUUCAGGGAGUUCUUAAGUUUCAAUAUUUUCUUGAAAAAGCUUAUAACAUUGGUUGUGGUACACAAAUCAUAUAUAUAUAUAAAAAAUCAGUUUAUGAUGUUGCAAAUUUUAGACAAUUACUAAAGAACUUAAAAGUUUUCUACUCAACUCACUGUUUAUAUACCUAGUACUGUAAUAAAUAUUGUUAGAAGGAAAUAUAUACAGAUUUCAACAGAAAGACUAUUUUUUUUCAAAAACUUUAUUAGAAAAUAAAAUGUAUGUCUAUAGAGAGUAAAACAAAAAAG